AUGUUCCAGAAGAUCAGGUUAUUUCUAGAUCAGGUGGAAUAUGCACAGUUGCAUUAUUGGAUCAAUGGUUUUUGGAUUAUGGGAAUGAAGAGUGGAAGAAGAGAACCAGGGAAUGUCUUGGAGAACUGA